AAAAAUAAAAAAAUAAAAAAAAAAAAAUUAAAAGAACAAAAGAAGUAAAUAAAUAGGAUUAUCAAAAAAAAAAAAGAAAUAAAUAAAUAAAUAAAAAUGCAAUUCUUAAGACCUGGCCAGGAUGCUUUGGAGAUGGAGAUGAUGCCAGAAAUUGAAUUAACCAGAUUGAAGAGACAAUAUAGGAUAAUGGAGAAUGAUCGUAUGAAAUGUUCUGAGGAAGGCAGUCUUCAACUUCGUAAUCAACAGAUUAUGAUUGCACGAUUGGAAUAUGAGAAAGCUGAAUUAUUGCUUGCUAUUAAAUCAGCCAAAUCAAAGACAUUUAUUAAGAAGGACGAGAUGGAUGAUGUUAAGUUGAAAGAAUUGUUCGAUCAACGUUCCAAAUUUAUUGAUUCGAUCAAAUUUGAAAAACAACAAAUCGGUGAACUUAAAAGGCAAAUUGGACAGAUAACGAAAGAAGUUACAGUAUUAAGAAGAAAAAUUCCAACUGAUGUACAAGCUAAGGAGAACAGUUUCAAACGACAUAAACUCAUCUUAAUGUUAGAAAAUCGAUUGGAAGUUGGUAUGAGAAGAUUUAAUAUGAUAAUAGCAGAGAAUGUUAAGCUUCGUGAAGAGAUUGAAUCAUUAUUAAAAGAGAGAACACAAUUUACUACACUUUGGAAUAAACUUGUUGGACAAUUGAAUACAGGAAAACAAAUUAUUAAUGAUCUGAUAGAACAGGCUACUUUAACUUUUAAUCAAAGGGAUGAAGAGAUGAACAAGACUCAGGCACUUCGUGAAAAAGCUAUGAGAGAUUUUGAUGCUCAUAAAGCAGAGAUGUGUGAACUUCAGCGUACAUUGGACAACGAAAUGAAAUUACAAGAAUUUCUCGGUGUUAAAGGUCAAUAUCGAAAAACUAUAGACUUGCAAAUUAAACAGGAAGCCGAGAGAGCUGCUAAAAAACAAGAACAACAAGAUAAAAUAGCUACUUAUACUCAUAUUCUCAAUACGAUGAAAGAAUUUACAGGGGAGAACAAUAUUGACAGUCUUGUAGCUUAUUUUGUUAAACAAGAGGAAGAAAAUUUUGCACUUUUCAAUUAUGUCAAUGAACUGAAUGAUGAAAUGGAAUGUCUUCAAACGAAAAUGACAGAAUUGACGAUUGCCAUUGAUGAGGCAAGAUUGUUGCAUGAGUUUAGAGAAAAACAACAGGUGGAAACAUUGAAAAAUAUUACAGAUCAAUUGGAAGAACAAACAAAGUUAGCCAAUGAAGCCGAAGAAGAACUUAAUAAUUGCGAUCAAGAUAUAGAGAAAAUGUUAAAAGGUAUAGAAUCUCUCUUUAAAAUUGUUAAAUGUGAUAAUUCACCUAUUCUACAAUUACUCGGUGACAAUACACAUGUGACUAUGAGCAACGUUAUGCUAUAUCUAAAUAUUAUAGAGAAACGUAUAACAGAAAUGAUGCAUAAAGUUCAUUGGGUCGAUAAAGCAACUAUGGCAUCGCAAUUGAGAUUGGACGAAGAUAAGAAACCAAAAUUGAAAGUUCCAUCUCUCACAGAAAUUGCUCCUACUCAACCCUGUGUACUCUGCAUCGAGAAAGAAGAAAUGCAAGUGAUGACCGAAGGUUUAGAAAUACCUCUAUCUCGAGAAGAAGCAAUAGAGAAAUUGAAUAUACGUCUUGAAAGUGAUUUCUCCGAAUUACUUCAUAAUGUAUCCGGUUGUCGUUUACCGGCUGCUAGAAAAGUCAUACAAAAGCGUUAUCAAUGA